AUUCUAGGCAAUUGUUUAAAUAUUGUGUCAGAAUAGUUUGGAUUUCGAGAAUAAUUUUAGAAGACGUUUUUACACAUUAUAAUUUUUUCUACAGGGUUUAGGAAAUGGGUCCUAAAAAACCACCUCCUCCACCCGGAGUCAGCGCCAGUAGACAUUUUGUGAAUCUAACUGCGUCGCAAGCAGACGAAGACUCCUACGAUUAUAUCAAAGCAAGAACCAAUGCCAAAUUAACCAGUUUAAUUGGUUCCAUUGCACAUCUUGUGAAAGGAGCUUUGGGAGGAGGAAUCCUCAGUUGCCACGUAGGCUACAUGAAGGGUGGCAUACUCAUAUCCUUACCGCUUCACCUUUUUUGCGGCGUUUAUAUGGGAUACUGUCUUUACUUACUUGUGCAAUCUACAAUAAUUAUUUACAAACGAACAAGGAUACCAGUUAUGUCGUACGCUGAUGUAGGUGAAGCUUCCUUGAUGAUGUUUCCGAAACAGUCUUUGGCUAAAUUUUCAAAAUUGUUCAGGUACAUUAUAGACGUCAUAAUAAUGGUUGAUCUCUUUGGGUCUUGCUGUUGCUAUCAAAUAAUUAUAGCAAAGACCGUAAAACAACUAGUUGAAAAUACUCCAGAGGCUAAGUUUGAAGGUGCUUAUGCCGGUUAUCCGUCUCUUCGAAUAUAUCUAGCCUGUUUGAUACCUUUUAUCAUACUCAUUUGUUUAAUCAGACAUCUGAAGUAUUUGGCGCCGUUCUCAAUAGUGGCCAAUGUUCUGGUUGCGUUUUGUGUUUUCAUGGUGGUUUAUUACGCAAUUAUACUUAAUCCAACAUGUAAAGGAAUGGCUGCGGCCACAACUCCAUAUGGGAUGUUGGAGUUCGUGGGGCUUGCGGUAUUCAGUAUGUCAUGCUCUGGUGUGGUAAUCCCAAUAGAAAAUAAUAUGGCAGAACCGCACAAGUUUCCUAUUGCCCUGUCUAUUGGUAUGGGUUUAAUUAUUAUGGGCACAAUGGCGGAAGGUUUUUUUGGAUAUGCUGCAUUUCUGGAGAAAUCUAUGUCACCUGUUACGAUCAAUUUGCCAUUGACAUUGGUUCCGAAGAUGUUGAAGGGGGGAAUUGCUGCGAUGAUUUACGUGACCCAUGCUUUGAACUUUUGGGUGCCAUUCAAUUUGGCUUUUUAUUAUCUAAAGAAGCGUCACCCCCCGGAAAAAGAAGUAUUUUGGGAACUACUAUACCGUGCAAUAUUUGUGGCUUGCAUUGGCGGCAUUGCGAUUGUGUUUCCGGACAUCAAUGCUCUCAUGGGUUUCCUGGGCGUGUUUUGUAUUGCCAACAUGGCAUUUGUUUGGCCUAAUAUUAUAACUUUAUUGGUAAUCUGGGAAAGGCCAGGACUUGGUUCAAUGAAAUGGAAGCUAUGGAGAGGGAUUGUUCUGUUAAUUAUUGGAUUGAUUAUAUUUGUCUGCGGUAGUGUGGUCGCUAUAAUUGAACUGUAUGAGGUAUUUUAUAAAAUCAACGUGCUUGGCCAACCAGACGCGUAAUAAUAUAAAAUACAAGUUAUUAUACGUCGUCAUAUUGACACUAAAUGCAAAACAUGAUUUUUAUUUAGUUUUAUCCAAAUAAAAAUGAUGAAAUUUGUAUCGCGUGCCUACAAAUAUACGACUAAAGUUUUUAGAAUCCUUAUUUUAAAUACCAAAAUUUGAUGGGUUCUGUGUAACAAUGUUAUGACUGAGAACCAUGGGAACUAUAUACUAAUACUGUGACGCCGACUCCAUAUAAAAUACAUUUGGGAUAAUUAAUAUUCAACGACAAAAUUAUUACGAUUUGUCUUGAGAAGAGGAUCGAUAAAUAUAUUAUGCUCAUAUAUAUAUGAUUGUUACAUGAUAUAUAUUAUUAUACCUACUUAU